GCAAAUUCAAAAUUCUAGGGCAGCCUUUAAAGUGUCAUUUGUCAUUUAAUAGAUGACGCUGACAGCAGUGACAGUUGCAGAGUGGUGUUUUUGUAAUUUGGUGAAUUUUUUCUCAAAUUUUUUAAAAAAUAUUUAAUUAAUACACAUUUCCAUAACUUCAAAAUUAAACUUCAACCACAUUACAAUGGCCGCAAUGAGAUCAAUGUCCCGUCUUUUGACCAGCAGGGCUUUAAAUACCACCAUCCGACGGGGCUACGCUGAAGAAAUGAACUUUACUUUUGCUGCUGGAAACCAAGUAUUUUAUGAUGGAAAAAGUGUAAAACAAGUUGACGUACCAUCAUUCUCAGGCAGUUUUGGUAUCCUCCCCAAACACGUCCCCACUUUGGCUGUCCUCAAACCCGGAGUAGUUUCUGUAUACGAAGAGGAUGGUGGUGUCAAAAAAAUCUUUGUAUCCAGUGGUACAGUUACUAUUAAUGAAGACUCUUCAGUACAGAUUUUGGCUGAAGAAGCACAUCCAAUAGAAAAUAUUGAUGCUUCAGCUGCUAGAGAACUUCUCACUAAAUCACAAAGUCAACUUUCUUCAGCGGCCAACGAUCAAGCUAAAGCUGAAGCAGAAAUCGCCAUUGAAGUUUCAGAAGCUUUAGUAAAAGCUGCUGAAUAAAUUUAAGUCUCAACAAAUUCACUGUUAAUAUAUCUAAGAUAGUGUCUGAUAACUUUUUUGUUUAUAAUUAUGUACUUCUUUAUUUAAGAAAUAAAAUUCUUGUUAAAAAAUAAGGGAGUGAACUCUGCGCCUACCGGUAGGUCCUGUUUGUUUCAUUGAAUGUAUAUGUAUAACCUUCACUGAAACAUUAUGGUAGGUCUCAAAUUGCCACAUGAUAUAACACCUAUCAGUAGGUACUGUUUAUAAAAAGAAUCCUGCACAGGGACUCUGUGUCAUGUAGAAUUUUACAUAUCGACAGGUAUCUAGGCAGUGAGGCAUUCAAUAUUUUUCGAUAUGUCGAAUUCUACAUGAGACGGAGUCUCGCCGCUGAGCCUACCGGUAGGUUCAUACUAAUUUAAGAAUCCAUCACCUACCUACUUUUUAUUGAUACCUACCUUACCUAACCAUACCUGCAUUCACAAGAAGGUGGAGAGUGAAGAAGGUGAUAUAUUUGAAAAAGGUUUUGCACAUUCCUGGUGGAUAUACGCUCCCGAGAAUUUUCUCUUUGAAGUUUGGCGAGCGGAGCGAGCAAUCAAGAGACUCAAAAAUAAUUUCAAUUUCAAGGUGAUAUACCUAUUUAAUAAAGGUUUUUCACUUUUUUGGUGGAUUUACGUUUCCGAGCAGCAGGGUAUUCUCUUUGAGAUUCUUCGAGCAAUCGGAGAGUCAAAAAUAAUUUCAUGGUGUAUGCAGAACGAUUUUCAAUAGGUUGUCUUGUAAAAUGAAGCAGAUUCCAAACAUCAACAAGCUUAAAGCCCAAAUUAGAAAGAUGUUUGGUACUAAUAAAGGCUUAUUUGUCAGUGGACAAAUUUCUUAAUGACGAUUCUACAAAUAAACAAAAUUUUAUUAACCCAUUUAGCAUUAGCAAGAGCUGACUGGUGGGAUAUAUGGAUUCUAAAGUAAUAAAACACCUUUCAGUAGGCGCUUGAUCAAUUGAUGAAAAAGGAACCUACCGUAGGUGUACAAUCGGUGGAUGAAAAAGGGCCUACUGGUAGGCGUACGAUCGUUGGAUGACAAAGAACCUACCAGUAGGCGUAGGGUUCACUCCCUUAAAAAAAUAAUUCCAGACUCUUAUUACAGCUCAACAUUUUAAUUUGAAAAAAAUAUUUUUAUUAUUUUCCUUUAUGCUUAAUUUUUCACAAAUUUUAAAAUACAAUUACAUAUUAUCUUACAUAAAUAUCAAUAAGUUAAAAAUAAAACUGAUUUCUAAUACUAUGUACUGUAACUGCAAUAAAAAUAUUGCUAAAUAUUUAUAGUAAUUAGAAAUAACUUAUUCACAAAUUAAAUCUGCAUAAUCAACAUAAUUUAAUAAAAAAUAUAAGUGUUUUUGUACUUAAAAAUAUUUCUAAAAAGUUACAUAAUUAUUAAAAAUACUAUAUAUAAGCUUAAAUCUAAUAUAAUAAUUAAGUACUGACCACUAAUUGUGUAGAAAAAGUGGCACACCUAGCGAUAUUUACAGCAUCAAAAAGGCCUGCUUUUUGGUGUAUCUUUGGAUAAAUCGCUAGAUACCUAACAAAAAUAUGGCACCAAUACUGGAAAUAUAAUUUGAUAAUGGGCGAUAAUAAAUUACAUAAUGAUAUAAAGUGUGUAAAAUUAGGAAUUAAAAUUUAUUAUUUCGAGUCCUAACUAAGAAUUUGUUUUUGGUCACUUAAAACCUAAUCGCCUUAAUAAUAAAGAUCACAUUUUUCUUUGUUUAGUUCCAUUUCUAUUGAUCCUUUUUUUCUGAUGCAUCACCGUUUUGGAUAAUUAACUCUGAGGCAAAUCUAGACAAACAAAAAAAUCUAAUUAUACAACCAAAUGAAUCAUCCAAAAUAUCUUCUCACCUAUCUUUAUUCUUUUCAUACGCUUCCUUAGCAAUCGCUUUCAAAUUCUCCUCCAUUGCUGCUCCAGUCUGAGCUACCAUUUUCGCAAAAUAACUGGAGGGAUUUUGCAACAACUCGUGAGGAGGAGCAAACUCCACAGCUCUCCCAGCAUCCAUCACCAACACCUUAUCAUAAUCCAUAAUUGUAUUAAGUCUAUGGGCUAUAGUAAUAACUGUGCACUUAUCAAAUGCUUCCCUAAUAGUUUUUUGAAUUAAAGAAUCAGUGUGUCUGUCUACAUUUGCAGUAGCCUCGUCCAUAACCAAAACUUUAUUAUUACGCACUAUAGCUCUAGCUAAACAAAUCAAUUGACGUUGGCCUGCACUGAAGUUACCACCUCCUUCGCUUACAGCAGUGUCUAGGGAGACACCAUUUUGUUUUAAUUCAACACGUUCUAAGGCUUUCCACAGUUGUUCGUCUGAACAUUUACCAAAUGGAUCCAAGUUAUA